UUUGUUGCGUUUAAUGUUUACAAAACGAGUCAAUCGUUUGGUUAAACAGUAAUAAACGGCUCAAUAAUACGACAACCCUUUGAGUUGUGCCCACAGUUUGCAGGCAUUGAUUGCAUCGAAAACUUCAAUCCAAACCACGAUUGCAUUAAACGGACGUAACUUUUGGGUCACAAGAAAUCGCUAAUCAUUUCUUUGACAACACUUUUGUGUGAAAACGCGUGAAAUGUUCACCAAAUCAGCGCUCAAUGUCUUAAUCAAUGCUCAUAUCAAUCGCUUUUGUCACUCAAUCUGAUCCGCAAACCACUGCUCAUAACCCCAACCCUCUAUCGGACGCCACCAUCCGUUUGGUUGUCUUUGUGGUGAUUGUGUCCGUUGUAUUCCUCUGGAUAUCAAUGGACUUGUAUUCAAUGGCACUGCCCUCUGGAUCUAAUACUUUUUUUCCCGUUUGGUCGUACGAAAGCGACCCCAACUCUGACCUCAACGACGACGACUUCCCGCCCACUGAAGACCCCGUUUGGCUUUUGGGCAUUAAAUACAGUUCACUCCACGAACUCGAUGACCUCCGAAGUGAUGUGAAGUCUCGCAUUUGGAUCACAUAUCGGAAGAACUUUGUGGGCAUCGGUGGCCCCAAUGGGCUCACAUCGGACAGCGGGUGGGGCUGUAUGUUAAGGUGCGGUCAAAUGGCUUUGGCUCAGGCCUUAUCCAUACGACACCUGAGCAGAGACUGGCGGUGGACGAAGAGUUUUACGUUAGAAUCGGAUCUUCAAUACAGAGAAGUACUCAAACUGUUUGAGGAUAAGAGGAAUUCUCUCUAUUCUAUACAUCAAAUCGCACUCAUGGGUGCCUCAGAGGGAAAGCCGGUCGGCAAUUGGUUCGGACCCAACACUAUCGCACAGGUCUUAAAGAAACUCGCAGCUUAUGACAAAUGCAAUGAUAUUGUCAUUCAUGUGGCGAUGGAUAACAUGGUUGUCAUCGAUGAGAUCAGUUAG